AUGCCACGUAAGCUACGUAAGAAUAUACGUAAGAGGAAGGGAGCAUUGAAACAUCCAAUAGUAAAACUGACACCACAACAACAGUUGCAACAACAAAUGCUGAAUGACCCCACUAUGUUGCAACAAAUGUCAAGCAACCCUAUGCUUUUAAACCGAGUUAUUGGUGCACAGAGUGGAGGUUUAAGAGCGGCACUUUUAGCGAAAAUGGCAGGCUAUGGUGGAGCUGCAGACGGAACAGCUUAUAACCCUCAAAGUCAAAUGAAUUUGAGUUCACUCAAAAAUCAAAUAACAGAUGUCAAAAAGUCAAACAUAGACAUACAGAAACAAAUAAGUGAAAACGAAAAGAAACUAGAAUAUGACAGACACACAAAGAAACUCAAUGAGUUAAACGUAGAGAAAAAGAAGAAAGAAGAACAACUGAAAGAACUAAGUACAGAGGAAUAUGCGAAAAAAGUGUCAGAAAAAGCAGCAGAAGUAGCAAAAAUGGAACAAGAUGUUAUAAAUUUGAAAAACCAUACUACUCAAUAUAAAGUACUGAAAGAUGAAGAAAUAAAACAAAAAGCCCUGAAGACAUAUAUGGAUAGCGAUGAGUAUAAAAAAGAAGUUGAAGCAAAUGUAAAGGCAGAAA